GCACAGUCUUCCAAGCCAGAGGUAAAAAGACUAGAAAUGCUGGUUUCUUCCCAUCUAGUGGUAGCGCCCACCAUGUUAUCACGGGGCUGCGAAAGAGAGGGGGCGCUGCGGAGCCGCACCUCUAAACAAGCCUGAGCCUGUGUGUGACAUAACCGCCGCCUGGCUUGUUGGGAACCGGAGCCGCCCGGAGGCGGGACUGCUGCACCGAAAUGUCAGAGCGGGGAGAAGACGUGCCCGGACUCUGAGUACACGAGAUCCGCUCCCGGCUCCUGAGUCUUCCUUUGCAGCGCCUGUCAGUUGUAGCGGGGAAGGACAAUUUGAAAGAUGUCUGAAAUCCUCCAAGAGUUGUUACGUGCUUCUGAGAAGGCUGCAUGUAUUGCUCGGGCGUGUCGGCAGGAGGAAGCACUAUUCCAGCUCUUAAUUGAGGAAAAAAAAGAAGAUGAGAAAAACAAGAAGUUUCUUACAGAUUUUAAAACUUUGGCUGAUGUUUUAGUCCAGGAGGUGGUUAAACAUGACCUUGGAAAAAAGUUUCCAGGUUUAGAGCAAAAUGUACGGGGAGAAGAAUCCAAUAAAUUCACAAAUGAACAUGGAGAGAAAAUUAUUGUUAAAGUCUGCCCUACUGAGGAAGAAACCGCCAGCCUACUGCAGAAGGUACUUGAUAACAACAAGUCGGCAGCCAAGACCUUAGCAAGGGCUGUUCACCAGGAAGUGACUCUGACAGACAAGGCUUUAAAUGCUGUUAAUGUGAGCAUCCCUCUAGAUAACAUUGCAGUUUGGGUGGAUCCUAUUGAUUCUACCUAUCAAUAUAUCAAAGGAUCAGAUGAUAUUCAGCCAAAGAAAGGGAUUUAUCCUAAAGGUCUUCAGUGUGUUACUGUACUUAUCGGAGUUUUCCUUAUUGACACAGGGCAUCCAGUAAUGGGUGUGAUUAAUCAGCCUUUUGCAAUAAAGGAUCCUAUAACACUCAGUUGGAAAGGUCAGUGGUACUGGGGAUUAUCGUAUAAGGAAUCCAAUAUAUGUUCUCUACACUUUUCUGCUACUGAAAAUCCUGACAACCAAGUUGACAGAGGCUCACAGUUGAGUGCUGCUGCUACUGAAAAGAAUUCCUAUGCUACUGUGACAAGCUCCGCAGAAUCUAAAGAUGUUCUCAGGGCCCUGUCAAAAGUGUGUGGUGAAAAUCUGCAUUUUGCAGCUGGGGCAGGCUACAAAUGUCUAUGUGUGAUUCAAGAUCUUGUGGAUUUCUAUGUGUUUUCUGAAGACACCACAUUCAAAUGGGAUAGCUGUGCUCCUCAUGCCAUUCUUAAAUCUCUAGGAGGUGGAAUGUUGGACCUUUCCGAAUGUAUCAAAUCUAUAAACCAGAAUGAGAAGCUAUGUGCUAGGCCACAUAUCCUGUACAAUUCUGAAGUGCAAGGAGCAAAAGGAGCAGACAGAUGGGCUAAUAAAGGAGGACUUGUUGCUUACAGAUCAGAACAACAUCUAGAAUCCUUUAUGAAUAUCUUUAUUAAAAAAUUCUUUACCAAGUGAACUUCAUUAAUAAUCUUUUGGUUUGUCCUAUUUUACUAUAAAAUAAUAUGUAUUGCAUGUAUAUAUUCUAUUGUAUUAUCAUUGCUAUCCUAGAAAUAUCCAAUAAAACAUAUGUGCUAUGGAAACUUU